UUUCCCUCCUCCCAUCUAAAAGCUACCAAAUGCUAUUCCUCAAAUCUUCACCUUUAGUUCCACUCUGAUCAUAGAACCCUAUUCCUCUUCUUCCUCGGCUUUUCAUCCCAUCUUCCAUCUUCCAUCUGCAAAUCCUCUGUAUUCGUUUCCUCUUGGCCUUUGGAUCCUCCAUGCGUGGCGGCUCUCGAGCUCUGAACAGGUCGGAGCCACUGCCCCACUCACAAACUGCUCAGAUCCUGCCGCCUCUUAAGCGUCAGUUAGCUUUCGAGUCGAAUAAGCCGCUGCGUGCUUCUUCCAAUUCUUUUGAUCAAGAACCUGAUUCCAUCGCUGUUAAACCUCUCAAACCAAAGCAGACAGGUGUUAUGUAUACCAACGUGGUUGAAUCAAAUGACUGCAUUCAAGAUCAGGGAUUUUCUAAAGAUUCUCUAAGUUCUGUUCAGACACCCGUAUCUGCAAAAGGAGGAAGGAUGUACAAUAAGUCAAAAACUUCAAGGAGAAUGACAUCUGGGACUCAAACACCUAUCUCAGACACUAGCAUUUAUUCUCCUCUUACUCCAGCUGGAAACUGUCGAUAUGACAGUUCUUUAGGUCUUCUGACAAAAAAAUUCAUCAAUUUAAUUAAGCAAGCAAGGGAUGGCAUUCUUGACUUAAACAAAGCUGCAGAAACUUUGCAGGUGCAGAAAAGGAGAAUAUAUGACAUAACAAAUGUUUUGGAAGGCAUAGGUCUCAUAGAAAAGAAGCUGAAAAACAUAAUAUAUUGGAAGGGAUUCAAUACACAAGUUCCAGGAAAUGUGGAUAGUGAUACUUCUAUGUUGCAGGUGGAUGUUGAAAACCUUUCUUUUGAAGAGCGUAGAUUAAAUGAUAAGAUAAGAACAUUGCAGGAAAGACUGAGGAAUCUGAGUGAAGACGAAAAUCUCCAAAAAUGGCUCUUUGUGACAGAAGAAGACAUUAAAAGCUUGCCUUGCUUUCAGAAUGAAACGCUGAUAGCAAUUAAAGCUCCUCAUGGAACCACAUUGGAAGUUCCUGAUCCUGAUGAAGCUGUUGAUUAUCCACAGAGAAGAUAUAGGAUAGUUCUUAGGAGUACGAUGGGUCCUAUCGAUGUAUAUCUUGUCAGUCAAUUUGAGGAAAAGUUUGAGGAGGUGAAUGUGGUCAAGCCACCCAGGAACUUCCUGCAUGCUUCCAGUUCAGGAUCAAACGAACAUCUAGCAACAGAAGCCAUCGGGGAGAGUAGUAGAGACGAAAUAGAGCCUCGAGCUCACCUGUCCCAAUACAGCAGUAGCUGUGAUGUGAUUGGUUCAAAUGAGUUUCCUGGGGGAAUGAUGAAGAUUAUUCCUUCAGAAUUUGAUAAUGAUGCAGAUUACUGGCUGUUGUCAGAUGCUGAAGUUAGCAUUACAGAUAUGUGGAGAACAGAUUCAGAUAUUGCAUGGGAUGAAUCGCAUAUGGUUUCUCAGGACUUUUUGAUAUCUGAUGUCAGUGCCCAAAGGCCAAGACCAGGAAGCCCACAUUCGGAGACAGUCGAAGCACCAUCUGAUGUUAACUUAAGACAGAGGUGACAAAGGAACAGGUCGGACUUUAAUUCAUUAAUUAUCUGUUCCCAUUCUCAUUACUCAAGAUGUGAUUUAUAGCCAAACAAACAGUUGAAUUGUACUGGAACUCAAGCUCAACUGUACAGUGUAAUUUCUAUAACCCAAGUAAUGUACUGGGAAGAUAUUCCAAGCAUGGUAUAGAAUAUAAAUUGCAAGGACUAGUCGUACGCGGUGUGCGGAGGAAAUAGAAACAAACUUUUGUAAGGUUGCAGAUGGGCAGACGCAUGUAAGAUCGGUUUCCAGACAUUAUUAGGCCACCAAGAGCUUCAAUGCGUUGGUAAAACUUUUCAUCUUCAGUUUCAAAUCCAUUUUAACAAUAAAGGGGUUUGAUUUGAGAUAUCUCUGAUAAGGCGAAGAAAUAGUUUGAUUUAAUUGAAAUUUUGAGACAAAGUUUGUUGUUAACCAAGGAUUAUGGAAACCAUAGAUUACUAUA